UGAAUCAAGAUGACGACAGCUGCACCACUGAUCAAUAAUACUCUGUUCCCAGUAAAUGUGACCACAAAGUCUCAAGAUCAAAGUCUCUAUCAAAGUUCUGGAGCAAUAGUUGCUGCCAUCGUGGUAGGAGUGAUUAUUAUUUUUACAGUGGUUCUGCUCAUACUGAAAACAUACAACAGACACAUGAGAGUGAAGCGAGAGCUGGAACCCAAAAGCACCAAAACCACAAUUUUGCCUGCUUUCGGGCAGAACAGCAACAGCAUUACUCAGCAACCUAUGGUGACUUUCAUACCUGUGGAUAUCCACGUGCAGAACAGAUAACUGUGAAUGCCCACCCUGCCUGUGAGAGAAAAGAGCUGGAAUCCCAGUUCAUGUGGACCUGGGACUUUUCAGCAAAGCAGCACUGCAUUUGGAGCUGUUU